AUUGUUGACAGGCUUCAGUUGUGUUCUUGCUGACAAAACAAGCAACACUGAUGCUAGUGGGGUCCAGUGCUAUUAAUUAUGAGCUCUCAAUUUAGUGCUCGUAAAAGAAUUAUUUAUAGUUUAUAAAAGACUAAGUUAAUUAGGUGAAGUUGUUAUCACUUGUAGCAGUGAAAGAUGAAGAAGAUGAUCAUACUAGUUCUCUUGUUGUAUUUCAUUCAUUUUGAUGGAGUGGAAGGAACAGCUAUUAUAACAUCACUUGGUUGUGACUCUGGAAACAGUCUCUCAUCGCAAUUAAUUCUUGGAAGAGAAUACACUAUGUAUUGUACAAUAACUGGAUCAAAUGAACCACCUGUUGUUGUUUGGACUUCACCUAAUGGACGUUCUCUUACAGUUUCUGAAAAUGACUGUGUGGCUUUUUUGGGUGUUUUCUCUGCUAGGUUUGUAAGAUCAGAUGGAAACUCAAUCACAUCAAGCCUAACAUUUACUGCCACUGCCUCUCUUGAUCAAAUAGUAAUAGGCUGUCAGGAUACCAAUGGAGUUUCAGAGGAUGAAUGUCGUAUACAAAUUGGCAAAUCUUCAACAGUGUUUACCACAUCAACUAGUGGGUCUACUUCAACUGCCACAGUAUGUUAUAGUGGAUCUACUUCAUCUAUAUCUACCGCAUCAACUAAAUAUGGAUCUACUUCAACUGUAUCUACCACAUCAACUAGAGAUGGAUCUACUUCAACUGUAUCUACCACAUUGACUAGAGAUGGAUCUACUUCAACUGUAUCUACUACAUCAACUAAAGAUGAAUCAACUAGAUCUACUUCAACUGUAUCUACCACAUCAAGUAAAGAUGAAUCUACUUCAACUGUAUCUACCACAUCAAGUAAAGAUGAAUCUACUUCAACUGUAUCUAUGAUAUUAACUAGAGAUGGAUCUACUUUAUAUGUAUCUACCACAUUAACUAGAGCUGGAUCUACUUCAACCGUAUCUACCACAUUGACUAGAGAUGAAUCUACUUCAACCGUAUCUACCACAUUGACUAGAGAUGGAUCUACUUCAACUGUACCAACCUCAUCGACUAGAGAUGGAAUUACUUCAAUGGCCUCAGUUGGACUUGGAACUUCUUUAGCUUUGACUACUCUACCUAUAGUUUGGUCUACAACUUCACAAGCUAUUUCAAUCACACCAUUUGCAACAAGUACUGUUUUACCAACACCUGGUGAAAGAAAUAAGAUUAACAUCAUUGUCAUUAUUUCUGUGGUAGCUAUUGCUAUUGUCAUUGUAAUAGUCAUUAUUGGUAUUUUCCUCCUGUCAUUAUGUAUCUGUAAAAAGCUGCUAUUUAAAAGUUAUGGUGAUUCACACAAUCCCAGUAACACUGUUUGUCAUAUCUAUGAUGAUAUCAAGCCUAGUGUAUGGGCUCAAUCAUUUGAUAAUGUUAAAUUAAGCACUAAUGCUGCUUAUGGUCAAAUAUUAGGAAUCCACAGUGAAGCAGCUCAUUCUAAUAACAUAACAACAUCAGCUAAUGCUACUUAUGGUCAAGUAUCAGGUACCAGCAGUCAUUCUACUAACAUAGCAACAUCAGCUAAUGCUGCUUAUAGUCAAGUAUCAGGUACCAGCAAUCAUUCUACUAACAUAACAACAUCAGCUAAUGCUGCUUAUGGUCAACUAUCAGGAUCAAUAGAGAAUGAUGACUACAUUUAAUCAUGAGCUCCUGAUUUAAU